UGAAGUCUCACAGAAACUCUCCGCAUCGCUCCAGUCUAAACUAGCUUCACAUAAGUGUGAUUUAUAAUGAAUUAUGUAAUUCCUUAUGCAGCCUAGUUAGUCUAAAUGUACUCUAACUGUGCCUAAAGGAGACGAGAAUGAAGAUAUCCCGUGCUUUAUUUUAAGGACGUUGUGUCGUGUUGUUUUCACGAGCUCUAGACAACGCUUGUAUUUCUUCCAGCUGUUGCACGCGCACAACGUAUAUAGUGAGUGACGCGUGACUGUUACUCAUAUAUGGGACGCCGUCCACGUCAGUGGUAAAUCCAGACGAUGACACCUCAUACUCAGCGGCGCGUCUCUCACGAAAGUUGGAAAUUGAGCACGGGAUUAUCUUCCGUUGCUUAGGACAAUACAAUAAGUGAAGCCAAACCUCGGAGACGCGUUAUUCAGUCAGUAAUAGAGCGCAGGAAUACUCACUAAUGCGCACGAGCAGGGAAACUUCUCAACUCAAACUUUGCAUCACAGUGGGGUAUUGAGGUUGGAAACGGAGUGCGCACAUUGGCUGCGUUUCUUUUGAUGUCUUCGAUCAGCACACCUGUAAAGGUUUCUACUUCCUCUGAUAUAAUCACACCAUGCCUGAGGGGGCGGGCCGCAACAGCCUGAAAAAAGCCAGCAACCAAGUUGCCAAGCGCCCUUCCUCUGUGUCUUCACUGAGUGGGAUUGUGAGCCGCAUGGCCUCCUCAGGGGGCGCGUCCCGUGGGAGCUGCACAUCUGUAAACACAGUGUGCUCCGACAGUGACCGUGGUGCCAGUCUGAGCUCCUCCGCCUCCUCUGCUUCGCUGCAGGAUGGACACUCUUCCUCCUCCUCCUCAUCGCUUCCCUAUGGGGCUGUGCCAGCAUACCCGGGGCCACAGCGUAAUGGCUCUGACAUUAGCCUGGACCUCACCCCACUCUCAUUGCUUGUGGCAGCUGGGCCCGCCUCCACAACACCACUGCCCAAACUCUCUCGCCUGGAAAGAGUGGCUCUGGAGAUACUGGAGACUGAGCAGGCCUAUGUGAGGGACCUGAAGAGCAUUGUGGAGGACUAUCUUGGCUGCAUUAUUGACUUUGGCGACUUGCCACUCAAACCUGAGGAAGUCAGCACCCUCUUCUGCAACAUCGAGGACAUUUACGAAUUUAACAGUGAGCUUUUGGAAGAUCUGGAACGAAGUCCACAUGCGGCUGCCAUAGCUGAGUGCUUUGUGGAGAGGAGUGAAGCUUUUGACAUUUAUACCAUAUACUGCAUGAAUUACCCCAGCUCUGUCACCGUCCUUCGGGAAUGCAUGAAGAAUGAAAGCCUGGUGCGCUUCUUCCAGGAAAGGCAGGCCACCCUGUGCCACUCAUUACCCCUGGAGACCUACCUUCUUAAACCUGUGCAAAGGAUUCUUAAAUACCACCUCCUACUUCAGGAGCUGUCCAAACACUUUGAUAAAAGUGAUCCAGGGUAUGAGGUGGUGGAGGAUGCCAUCAUCACUAUGACAGCAGUUGCCUGGUACAUCAAUGAUAUGAAGAGGAAACAGGAGCAUGCAGUCAGACUUCAGGAGAUUGAGAGCCUGUUGCUGAACUGGUCUGGUCCUGAUCUCAGUGGUUUUGGAGAGCUGGUUCUUGAAGGUUCCUUCCGGGUUCAGCGUGUAAAAAAAGAAAGAGCAUUUUUUCUUUUUGAAAAAAUGCUUUUGAUUUCCAAAAAGAGGCUAGCUCAUUUCAUAUACAGCACUCACAUAUUUUGCUGUAAUCUUCUCCUAGUGGAACACGUGAAGGAUCCACUCUGUUUUAAGGUGUCAGACCAGACAAUCCCAAAACAACAACACAUUGUUCAGGCUAAAAACCAGGAGGAGAAGAGGUUGUGGCUACAUUACCUCAAGAGGAUGAUAGUGGAGAACCAUCCGGCAUCCUUACCCCAAAAAGCAAGGCAGGUUCUUGGUGACAGCUUCUGUCAGUCCCCACAGUAUGAUCAAGAGCCAAUAAGGAAGAUGAUGCCUUCUCCACGACUGGAUGAUGUUCAUAACUAUCACAGAGGAAGAAGACAAUCAGAACCACCAGAGUUCAUUUACACUCCUGAGAAAGCCAAAAAAAGCCUUCCACUACUUCUAGAGGGCAAUCUCUCAUACAAGCGUGGGAGGAGGCAGUCUGCCCCUGCCAAAGAUAUAGAAUCUGCAUUUCAGCGGAGUGGUGAGUGUAAACUUCUGUUAGUUCUUCUUUUUAUCAGUUUGUUGGAAAAUUUAGUUUUUCUUUGGUCAGUGAUGAUAUUGCUUUGA